AUGCCCGCCCCAGGUGGAUCUCACAUUGCAAACCUCAGGCACCAACCUCAGCUCCACCCACAGAAAAAACCUAGCCCUAGAAGCGAAAUUCCUCGAAACAAGUGUACUGCAAUUCGAUACUCUAUCACCAUUUGGCAACGACUGACCGACUCGACCACCAACGACGCCGUCAACAUGCCGAGCCACAAGUCUUUCCGAACCAAGCAGAAGCUUGCCAAGGCCCAGAAGCAGAACCGCCCUGUGCCUCAAUGGAUUCGCCUCCGAACUGGCAACACCAUCCGUCCGCCCGCGAGCAGAGUAACUCUUGGCUAA